CAGAAGGCGUGGUCUUUCAUGCAUGUCAGUAUAAGCGGACAGACUUGAUCCGCACCGCUAUCCGCAUUCUCCCCGGUUUAGGUUUAACAGCAACGUGAGCCAUGUCUUUCUUCUUUAAAGGAGCGGUCACAAGUUCUCCGGUUAAGACCAGGAGGCAGGAGGCUGAAUAUAUUUGUCACAGUCUUGACGUUUCCCACAUCUCUGACUCCUCCUUCGAGUGUUUCUCUACCAAUCCGCUGACAGGCUCUGUGUGUGUGUGCCGCCGAAGCCCCCGCCUACUAGCCAAUGGUUAUUAUGUUCUGACAGAGGACAGUUUUACCACAGAUGACGAGGGUAACGUCACCCUGACUCUCUCGCACACCAGCGUCUCAUACAAAGAGAAUCUUGUCCGCAUAUUCAGACGAAAGCGCCGGGCAAAAAGGUCACUGGCAAGUCUUCUUAGUGAUGUAAGCAAGUCGUGCCAAUCUUGGCUGGAAGGAAGUGUAUUUAGAAGAUCUGACCCCAUCACUCCCCUCCAGUCAUCAUCAUGGGACGAGCUGGACAACAGCUAUGAGACAAACACACCCAUCAGCUUCACCUAUGAUCCCACAGAUCCAGUUUCCUCCCCUGAUAAAAUGCCGCCUCAGACUCAGCUAGAAGAGGAGGAGCCUCCAUGCGAGUCAUACUCCGCCCAUGAACAAUUCAGCCAAUCAGUGAGCGGCCUCCUGGAUGUUCCUCCCCCAUCCAUGUGUCACCUCAAUAGUUAUAGCUCAUCCAGCAAGACAUCAGAAACUGUGUUCUUGAAAGUCCUUCUCCUCAUCCUAACUUUGUGCCUCUGCAUUGCCAUCUCCUCAGGGUGGCUGCUGGGAGGUGUUUCUGCAGCAGUGGCGUUCAUGGUUCUGCUUUCAUCUAUAUGUAUGUCUAAACCUGGAACUGCAGUGUGCUGGAGGAGAGCAAAGACUGAGGACAUCACCUCCAGAAAUGAGUGAGGAGCAAACACACUGUGUGAAGUCUGUCCUGAGGAGGCCAGAGGAAGUGAGUGUGUGGACACACAUCCUGCAUCAGCGUUAAAAAUUAGUGAUAGAUCAGUUUUUGUAGUGGUGUUUUCACUGAUCAGCUAAAGAGUUCUGAAUAUAAUAAUUUCUGAAGAGUGACAGAACCAGGGAUGGUAGAUGACUGUCACAGGAAAUUUUACAUGAAAGAGAUGAUAUCUUUGCUAAGAUAAGCAUGCAUUUUUAAAUAGAUGGACAUAUCAAUGAUCAUUCUGUAAAUGUUUAAGAAUUUGAUCAGUUUUCCUAAAUGCAAGACUGGAUUGCGUUAUGAGGGAUUCUUUGAGUCAGUGGAGAUGCCCUGCAUAGAAGUGAAAUGUGUCAGUGGUGUUUGUGAAUGCAUCAGCUUGGCUUGGUUAGGCUCUUCAACAUGGUGUCCGGGGCAUUAUGUGUUUUUGCCCAGCUUGUCUAGUCAGAUUAUCAGAUUCUAAAAGGUAUUUACUGCAAAACCUAGUUUAUGAUAUUUUAAUGACUUUGCAAGAAAUCUUUAACUUUUGAGUUGAGAAGUUGUAGCAAAAGAAGUGCCAGUUUAGCUUUGCACAGAUGCCUCAUAUUUGUCAAGUGCCUUUGCUAUACGAAACAGGAGGAGUGUUAUUGCCAUUUGCCAGGGUUAAAGUCUGAAAGGGCUGAAAUUUUAAGCACAAAGUGCUGCUAUCAGGAGCGCAAUAAUUAGAUUGAUUAUAAAAGCGUUGCACUUAAAAUAGGAUUUAAAGCUCACAGGGACUUAAGACAAUUAAACCCUGUUUGCAGGGAAUUAGUGCUGCCAAAGGAGAACAUGUUCUCAAUGUACUGUAUAAUAAGUGUAUCAUUUUGUCACGUUCACACAAGGCAACUGCUCUCACAGAAAGUUAAACUGAGUAAACCGUGAGGAGAAAGCAAUGUCUGUUACAACAUGACCAAAAUGCAUUAAGUGCAACUGUAUCCUCUGAAGGGAAUGGCUAAUUUCUGAUGUUUUUAAAAGGCAGCUCAGUUUUGAAGAGCAAAGACAUUCAUGAGGAAACAAAAGAAAAGCAAAGGAUAAAAUGAAGUGUUUAAAGUAGCAACAUUUCAAUUUUAGAGGUUUAAGCCUAAAAAUCUGAAAUCAAACAUGUUUGAGACCAAGCCAAGGUGAAUAAGUGAAUUAUUCAAAUGCAUAUCUUAGCCAAUAGAUAUCUAAUGUGUUUAUAUGAAGUGAAUUGUCUUCAGUGUUUAUUGUAAAUGUUUUUGUAAUGUCCAUGAGCAAUGAAACAAGAAUGAAUAUUGCUCUAUAAAAAAAUUCAAUAUUUACGAUAAAGUGUUCUGUAGAAAAUGUAUCAUUAUGAAAGGAUUUAAGCUGUGUCUCAGCAAAACUGUACAUGACAAUAUAAUAUUAAAGGGCUGACGACGCCACCUAUUGGGCAAAAGUUAUAAGUAAUUCUAUUUAUGAACAUUAAAGUGCUUGUCCUUAAAUCCUCAUCAGGAAUGCUAUGUCCAAUCAGAUUUACAAAACAUUUACAUAAUAUUUUUGUCGCUGUGAGUUAUUUAUAAUAAUAAUUAUUGUUAAUACAACAAUCAGUUAGAUGAGGCAUAUAAGCAAUUAGUCCAUUAUAUCCCAUCAGAAAUGGGAUAAAAAUGUUGAAAAAAAUACAGAAAAGAAAAAAUGUGUUUUUAUUUAUGUUUUUCAAAUUAUAUAAUUAAUAAGUCACUGGCUACAGAGUUAAAAGGCAAGAUGAUUCCAAUAUGACUAGUUUAAACCAUUGAUAUAUUAUGAUUGGAUGCACUUUUAAUGCCAAAGCAUGUUGUAAAAUUAAGAUGGAAGUGCAAAAAGCACAUUUCCAGUUUGUACUAAACAGGACUCAUAAUGUGUUCACUGAUCAGUAAUCUGUUAAAGAAUACAGUGAGGCAAAUUAUUAUUGAAAAUAUUCAAUUAUUUCUCUAGGGAGAGCUGCCUUUAAGCUUUGAUGACUGCAGUGAACCUGUAACAGCAUUUAACAAUCUGUGUCACAAGAGAGCUAAAGUAAAUAGUAAAAACGUCAGUUAUUUUGUAUUAUUCCACUGCAUGUGAAAGUAAAAUGUGAAAUUUGUGAUUCAUGUAUACACUGUCAAAUAUCAUCUUAAAAGGAAAUGCAUUUAUGUAAUUUGCACAAACAUAAUUUGCCACGUUAGAGCGUAUUAAAGGAGUGAUAGGCCUUAAAACAGAUGUGUUUUAUAAGGUUAAUAGUUUUACAGUGUAUUUUGGAAAAACCCUGUAUUGUCCGUUUUCAAUAAUAAAGUUUUAUAUAUAAAUA